AACCAUGGGGAAGUAAUCGAUACAAUGAAGUAAUGUGCAUGCGCAUUGACACGAAAGGAAAUCAAGAUUUGUGUGAAGUCCUCCCAAAGAGGGGUCUGCAGUUCAGGCUCAGUGAUCUUUCGAUACUUUAAUUAUCGAAAUAACCACAGUAUAUUUGGUUGGUUUUUGAAAAUGAAAUAAAAAAGACCCCUUUUAAAUUCUCCUGACGUUUCGGAAGUAUUCAAAACAAAAAUGGUUUUAUCACAAAGACAAAAAGAUGAAUUAAACAGAGCUAUUGCUGAUUAUCUUAGCUCAAAUGGAUACCUUUCAGCACUAGGUGAAUUUCAAAAAGAAGCCAGUUUGCCAGGAGAUAUAGAUAAGAAAUAUGGCGGCUUGCUUGAAAAGAAAUGGACGUCAGUUAUCAGAUUACAGAAAAAGGUCAUGGACCUAGAAGCAAAGCUGUCUGAAGCAGAGAAAGAGUACAAUUCAGGAGGGCCGUCUCGUGACCGUCGCAGUCCAGCAGAGUGGAUCCCCCGACCCCCAGAGAGGUACACGCUCAGCGGUCACAGAAGCCCAGUCACAAGGGUCGUGUUUCACCCUACUUAUAGCAUCAUGGUGUCAUCCAGUGAAGAUGCAACAAUUAAGCUUUGGGAUUAUGAGACUGGUGACUAUGAAAGAACUUUAAAAGGCCAUACAGAUACUGUGCAGGACAUAGCUUUUGAUCACACCGGAAAAUUUUUGGCAUCCUGCUCUGCUGAUAUGAAAAUUAAACUUUGGGACUUCACAUCAUAUGAGUGUGUCAAAACUCUGUAUGGUCAUGAUCACAAUGUGUCCAGUAUUUCGUUUGUGCCAAGUGGAGAUCAUCUUGUUUCCUCUUCCAGAGACAAAACCAUCAAAAUGUGGGAUGUCAGCACAGGAUUUUGUGUGAAAACCUUCACCGGCCAUAGAGAAUGGGUGAGAAUGGUCAGAGUCUACCAUGAUGGAUCACUCUUGGCCAGCUGUUCAAAUGACCAGACUGUUAGAAUUUGGGUAACCGCCACCACAGAAUGUAAAAUGGAGUUACGAGAACAUGAGCAUGUUGUUGAGUGCAUCGCCUGGGCCCCUGAGUCUGCUCAGCCAACAAUUAACGAAGCAAUCAGUGUUGAUAACAAGAAGGAGAAGAGAUCUGGUCCAUUUCUGAUAUCUGGAUCACGUGACAAAACAAUCAAGAUGUGGGACGUUAGUGUGGGACUGUGUUUGUUCACUUUGACGGGACAUGACAACUGGGUGAGGGGACUGGUGUUCCACCCAGGUGGCAAGUAUAUCCUGAGUGCCUCGGACGACAAGACCCUGAGAGUAUGGGACAUCAAAAACAAGAGGAACCACAAAACCCUGGAGGCCCACUCCCAUUUCACAACCUCUUUAGAUAUGCACAAGAAUGCUCCAUUUGUGAUAACUGGCUCUGUCGACCAGACGAUCAAAGUAUGGGAGUGUCGUUAGGAACCAAAUUGGCUUUAUCAGACUUUAGUACUGAACUAUAUAGUUAUUUAUUACUGCAUCAUUGUGCUCUUUAAACCUGCAAACCACCUCAGUCUUGAGCUGGCAGGAUCAUAUUUGUCUCGACUCUUGCAUACUCAGCUUGCUACUGUGUAUAUCUGCAUUUCCCCUACCCCUGUUGUGCUGUAAUUGGAAUAGCAUUGAGCUGUUCAGUGUCAUUUUUAAAACCAUGUGAAGUUUUACUAAACCCAGCAGGGGCUAAACAUUCAUGUUUUGAGCCUUUUUAAAAAAAUCAUUAUGCAGUGUCAUCAAUGGGAAAUGUGUAUUAUGGCAAGAGAAUAACCAGAUAUGUGUGCAUAUCAAAGAUGCCAGUAAACUCCAGGGUGAAUUGAGUGUUCAGUUGGUUACAUACUCAGGAUUUCGAGUCCCGUGUUCAAACCCACAUUAAGUGAUCUCGGAAAGUUAGAUGUCAGAUUUUUGCUGGACAGUUGUUUCUGCGUUCUUGGUGAAGGGAGAAAUGUGAGUUGAAACACAACUCAAGUAUAGUCAUCUAUGUAUCUUACUGGUGUAACAGUAGGAGGGGUGUCAUAUAGAUAAACAACAUUGUAAUAGUUAUAUUCAAAGAUACUUAGAUCCCAUUUCAUACUGCUGAUGUGGAUUAGCAUAGGAAACACAUUUAAGUAUUUCUUCAUCUUCAAUGUUAAAAAAGGUUUUGGAUCAUUUUCUUUAAAGAAGUUUCCAUUUUCUGAAGAUUCCUCACCCCAAAUUUAUGUAACUCUGUGCAUGUAUGUGUAUUAAACAGACUCUCUUGCAAUAUGUUAUUCACAAGCAACUCUUGUCAAAAAUAAACAGCUGUUUUCUUUGUGAUUUGAAAUGGGUGUGAAUCAUUAUGAUGUACAUGUACCUGUAUUUAGAAACAUUAGCUUUUAUGUGAUUUUUCUUUUUUGUGGUUAAUAUUUAAUUAGACAGUGUCUGUAUUGAUUUGGAAAUAUCUGUACCAUUCAGUGUGUAUAGUAUUUAUGCAUAUGUUCCCUAUUAUUCCAUUCAUUUCAUUGCCAGUCACAUUUACAUGUAAAAGGCAUGUCAUUGAUGCUGCUUUGUAAACAGGUUUUAUUGAGGUACCGGUAUAUAUUUUGUGUCGACUAUCGGUACAUUUGUACUUCUUUUUGACACUUUAAUACAAGUUCACUUGAAUUGUUGAUGAAGUAACUACUGUCUUUCAUACUAAACUGAUAACAUUAAACAGCAAUAUUCUAAUGUAUGUGAUUAUAACUGUAUGAAAAUUUUAUCCAGUCUAUUGCAAUGUCUGGAAAAAACAUCGGAUCCUUUACUAAAUUAUCCUUAAAAUUAUUUUUUGAGUUGUGACUCCUGCCUUUUUUAGGAUCAAUAUUAUUUUGCCAGUAUUCUACAGUAUUAUACAAAUUAAUUAAUUGUUGUUCUUAAAGGUUGAAAGACAGUAUUAUCUUUUUCAACAAUGUUUAGCACAUCAGUAUAUGUGGAAUAGAAAUGGUGUUCUUUUCAAGAUUUGAGGUUUGUUGUGACUGAACCAGUUAAGUAGACAACUGUUGACAAUCAAAACAAACCUUUGUAUCAAGAACUCAGGGAGACUCAUACUCCAUACCCUCCUUUAGCAUGUUGCCAAAGGACCAACUUUGUGAUUCAAUCUUAUCAAUCCGCAAUAGUCAAUAUCCUGUGGUUUAUUUCAUUAGUACUCUGUAUAUCCGUAGUUGAUAACCGCAAGCUUUUAUACUUGCCGAACCCGAUGAUAUUACAGGUUCCAGGUGCUAACUGUCAACCUCCUCCAAGUAUGAAUUGUUUUGUUUUGUUAUGUUUUCAGCUUGUUGACUGUGAUAAACUUCAUAUUAUAUUUUUUCUACAAAUCUGGUAUUACAAUGUCAAUUUUGUUGAAUUUUUUUUUUUUACAUUGUUUCUUUUUUACUAUUUAAAUUGAAUUUUGCUGAAGUUGUGUUCCAUUGAAUCCUCACAAGAAGGGUGUGGCAUCUAUGCAAAGGAUGGGUGCUGGUGUGUGAUGAAUUUCUCCUAGGUUGAGAUCUCCACAUAAUCAAACAGCUACAAAUAUGCAAAUCAGGUCCAUCAAACCGACCAAAACUUGAAACUGAUUGCAGUUCAAUUUGCCUGGUAUGUGGACUUGAGAUGUGUGGUUGUACCGGGUACGUGUAUUUCAUCUGUACUUGUAUAAAAUCUUAGUACAGCUGCAAUACUGUAAUGUUGAUGCUAUUUGUUGAUCAAAAGGAAAAGUGAAAGAAUCUGGUUUCAUAUUUACUUGUGGUGUCGCUAAAUCACAUUUCAUGUCUUUAAGUAAAUUUUUGCAUUAUGUGUUAUAAAUAAUUAAAUCAACUAAAAGUAAUUCAUUAUUUAAAAAUCAAUUGUUUUUGGAGUAUAUUUUAUAAUUUAUUACAGCUUUACUCAGAAAACAAACAAAAAAGAGAACCAAAUUAAUCCGUCAUUCAAUAUUCAUGUCAUUGUGGUUUAUAGUGUGUAUUUAUUGUGUUGAUGUUUGUAGCAAAAGCAUUGUUUUAUUGCUUUGAGACUUUUCUUUAGUUUCGGUCCAUAAAAUCCUUUCUUUUCUUGUUUUUCUUGCCUACAUUUUACCAAAACUAAAUUGUUUGUGAAUUAUGUAGGCUGAAUUGAGAGGAUUUUUUGUGAUAAUUUUGUCUCUGUCAAUGCACCAGCAUGAAGAACAAUUUGCACCAAACCAUGGCCAAUUAAUCUGUUGAUUUCAAACAGUCUGUAAACAAAUCAAUGCUUUUUGCUGUUUGUUAAGCUUUGUGUGAUGUCAAAUGAAUAUGCCAGCCUUAGACACAAAUCCAAAGUGUAGACAAUAUUUGCUUGGGACAGAGUUGCUGUCCUGUGCAGUUUGUAGGUAUGUGCCGAUUUGUGGCUCUUUGAAGGGAGAAGUCGCAUGACCUUUGUCAGUUGAGGAUUUUUAAUCUUUGAUCUGAUUGUUAUUGUGUAUUAUGUCAAUAAAUCGUAAUGCUAA